ACAGCACCAAGCAUCAAAUAGGUGGGGUUACUGAUUGGGAUGACAUAAAAUAAAAAACAUCCCAUCUCACUUCCAUUACACUCUGAUUGAUACCCCCGUCCAUUUAGUUUUCUCAGCUUUUGAUCAAACCUUAAAAAGGAUUCCAAUAAGCCUUUUCUCAUCUAUUCAACUUCCCUUGAUCACCAGAACUCAUCUGAGAAUUUAGGGAGAAAUGAUUAUCAAGGAAGAUGAAACAACUCUUACAACAGCCAAGGAACAACCAGGUGAAGUGAUUAACAGAGACAAGAACAAUGAUGGAAGUGAAGAUGACAAUCCCGAAGAGUGGUUGAACCUGAGCUUAGGAGGCACUGCACUCUCAACAGCAGGAGACCCUGAUUCACAACCAAGACCAGCUACUACCAAAGUUUUUUCGUGCAACUUCUGCAUGAGGAAGUUCUUUAGUUCACAAGCAUUAGGGGGUCAUCAGAAUGCUCACAAAAGGGAAAGAGGUGCUGCCAGAAGAUUUCAAUCUCAGAGGACUAUGGCAAUAAUGGGCUUGCCCAUGAACACUCCUAUGAUUCGAUCACUUGGUGUCCAGCCCCAUUCACUCGUGCACAAGCCAUGCAGAGGAGGAACUAUGUUGGCACCGAGCUUCCAUGAUUCAUAUGCAGGGCUUGGAAUGGCAUGGACACCUUUCACACCUGAGGAUCAAACGGAUCUGGUGUGGCCAGGCAGCUUUCGUUUGGUUACACAACAGCCCCAGCUACCUCAGGAGUCACUCAAGCUUGAUUUAGACCUCAGACUCUGAUACAGUUUUUGGCCUCAGCUGGGAGCUUCACCCUCAAGAGUUUUCUCAUUAAUCUUAGCAGGAAGAGUCAACAACUCAGAUGAUGGUACUGCAUAGUGAUGGUAGGAGUUUUAUAAUUUCCACUGUCUAUACAUGAUUAAGUGUGUAGCACCAGAAAACCCAGAUAAUAACACCUGGCUAUCUAUUUUAUUUUCUCGAUGCAUGAAAUAAUUCCUGAUGUGCAAUGCUCACUUGGCAUGAUACUGACUUAGGAAGGAGAUUUUGCUUUCCAACCUUGAAAAUCUGGUUUUCUUUCUGUAUGUACUUUCAAACAACAUCUUACUCAAUUGAA